AUGCGGCGGCUGCAUCACUGUGGGCGAGGGCAGUUGUGCGGCGCGCGGCACUCCCGCGGUGGGAAGGAAGCGGAGCUGGAGGGGGAGCGCAGAGGGGAGGCGGACGGCGUCGGCGGGCGACGCAGGCGAGAAGAAGCAGGCGGCGCGGGCGAAGAGGACGCGUCCCCGGGUCCGGAAGACUGGGCGGCGGCGGAUCUGGCGAGCCAGAUCCCUGGAUCUCCCCCUUCGGUGUGCUCCGCGAUGGUCGCAGUUGGUCCCUGGGAUUCUAUGGAGUACGCAGAUUUUCUGAGAGGGGACGACGAUGCUAUUCCAUGGGAUGAUGUAGUACCACUGACCCAAGAAGGAUUGAGUGGCUCACAGGCCCCAGAGCCCGUGGUGCAGAAUGACGAUGCACAAACAGAUAUACCUGCUGGUGGAGGCCGUGGGCAGAGCUACACGAUGAAGGAAGACCUCCUACUUGUUUCUGCCUGGCUCAACGUUAGCAUGGAUCCGGUGGUGGGUUCGAACCAAAGUUUGGACGCGUUUUGGCAGCGGAUCGAGACUUACUUCCACGAGCACAAAGACUUCCCGUCCAUGCGCAACAAGAAGUCGUUGCAAGGGAGGUGGGCAUUCAUUAAUGGGAUGGUACAAAAGUUUUGCGGCCACUACGCGCGUGCAAUGCAUAGUAGAUGCAGCGGUACCACGGAGGGGGAGACGGUUGUUGAGGCUUGCAAAAUGUUCCAGGCAGUUGAACAUAAAGAGUUCACGUUGCUUCCUUGUUGGCGUGAAUUGCGGCACCAUCCGAAGUGGCAGUCAGAGGCUUACAGGAAGAAGCAAAAGACUUCCAGCGCAGCAGGAGAUGGCAGCCCUUCAUUGACUCAGAACAUGCCACCAUCACAGCCUGCGGGAAUUGCACAAGAAACAGGUAGCGAAGGCACGGUCCGAGCUAAGAGGCCUGUUGGCCGGAGCCGGUCGAAGGAAAUAGGGCGUGGUUCGACGGCUUCCAACUCGGCGUCGGCACCAAUGAAGGAAGUAUUCGACAGGCAAUUUAGUAUGAAGGAAAAGUUCGAGAAGGAAAGGGCCGAGAGGUUCGCGGAGAUGAUGUAUGUAGAGCGGCAGCGCCUUCGCCUCGAGGAGGAGCGAAUGCAACUAGAGAAGGUAAAGGAGGAAAUGAGGAUAAUGAACAUGGAUUUAUCGCAAAUGGACGAUGACCAAAAAGAGUAUUACAAAAGUCUUCGUUAG